CAUUGGGGUCCCAUUUGUCAUGGUCACCUUUUACACUACUCUGUUGGGCAAAUUAUCCACACUACACUUCAGCAUGUCAUCCUUUCUCUAUUACACUUUGUUCUGAACUCUGCAAUCUGCAACCCUAUUGCUGGGGAAUAUGGACGAUUUGAAUUUGUGGAGUUUUCAGAGUCUUUAAGUAGAAGGGAGGAGGAGUGGAAAAGAAAAAGAAAUCUUCAAGAAAAUAAGUAGCUAAUUCGAUACAGCAAUGCCGGUUCCUUUGGCACCUUAUCCCACUCCUCCGGUUCCAUUUACGGCCCCGAAUGGUACACAGGGCCAACUUGUGUGCUCCGGUUGCCGUAACCUUCUGCUCUAUCCAGUCGGAGCUACAUCUGUAUGUUGUGCUGUUUGCAAUGCAGUAACAGCUGUCCCACCUCCUGGGACAGAAAUGGCUCAAUUAAUCUGUGGAGGUUGUCAUACUCUUCUUAUGUACAUUCGUGGGGCAACGAGCGUGCAAUGCUCUUGCUGUCACACAAUCAACCUAGCUUUGGAAGCAAAUCAAGUUGCACAUGUGAACUGCGGGAAUUGCCAGAUGUUAUUAAUGUACCAAUAUGGAGCACGAUCGGUGAAAUGUGCAGUUUGCAAUUUUGUAACAUCAGUAGGGGCUUCUCCCAGUUCUGAACAGAAGUUCACUAACUGAAAUCCAUAAGCUUUAAACUGAUAAUUAAGCCAUUGACAGGUAAAGAAGGUUUGUCUCUGUGGCUAGUCAACUUGCCAAAGGAAACCUAGGGAGCCUUGCUAUUUUCGGAGAGUGAGAAUAAAAGCAGUUUUGGAAGUGUUAAAGAUGUCUGUUAAUCACUUGCAAAGGUCGCUAAUUAGUAUUUGUAUAGGUAAGUUUGGAAGUGGAGAUAAAUAUUGCUGAAAUGCUUGGGGUUUCGGCUAACGAAUCCAUGCUAUUAGCUGACUAUUGAUCAUGAGACAUGGGAACAUGAGAUCAGAGCCUCAAAAUUGCACAAUUUCAUGCAUGUCAUAUAACUGGGACAUGCAUGUCCAAGGUUUUCAGCACGUAGUUACUUUGGGAACAUGACACUCGUAUCUGACACUUUAAAAGCUUGGACAUGUUCAACAAUAUAUUUUCAUUGAAAGUUAACUCUAAAAGAUUUUUAUUGUUA